AUGGAUGGCGCGAGUGUCUUAGGGAUUUUCAAUAGGGUGUAUAGGCAGCUGGGGAUCGGCUGUUCAGGGUCGUGCGUGUGGGGUUUGCUGCUGCUGCUGCUGACGGUUUGCUUGUGGAGUGUCACAGCCUUGCUGCUGCAGCUGCUCUUCCUAGAUUCAUUUCCUAGGCCUCUCUUCUCUACUCUUGUUCAGAGCUCCUGCCCCGCUGUCUUCUUGCUGCUGCCUGCUGCUGCUGCUCUCCGCAGCAGCAGCGCUUGGAGUGUAUGCGGAGAUAAGCAGGGCCUCAGGGCCCCCAUUUGGCUUGUCGCCUUCGCUGGCUUCCUAGCAAAGGAUGCGGAGGUGCUCACAGUGGACAGCUGCCUGCGGCUGCUGCAGCAGCAGCGGCAGCGGCAGCAGCAGCAGAAGCAGCAGCAGCAGCAGCAGGCAGGGGGUUUGUUAGCACCUGCGCUGCGGGUAAGACGAAGGCUGCGGCGUCUGCUGCGGCUGCUGCUGCGGCUGUUGCUGCAGCUAUUUGGGGGUCGUGCUGCGCGGGGUAGGGUUGCCCCGUCCUCGUCCUCCGCAGCUGCUGCAACAGGUGCUUCUGCUGCUGCUGCUGCUGCUGGCGCAGCAGCAGCAGCAGCAGCAGCAGCAGCAUCUCCCCCACCAGCGCUAAGCCCUACUGCGGUUGCGCUCCGACAGCGGCAGCAAGCAGCAGCAGAGACAGCAGAAGGUGAAGAAAAUGCACGCAGUGUCUCCUCAAGACAUCUCUGCAUUAGCCCCACAGGCAGCCUGACAGGUGCCAGCUGUCCGUACACCGCAGGAACAGCAGCAGCAACAGCAGCAACAGCAGCAACAGCAGCAGGUACACCUGCUGCCGCUGCUGCUGCUGUGCGCCCUCCGUCCCCACCUGCAACCAGCCGUCGGCUGCAUGCAGCAGAUGCACUCAACAGCAGCGGCAACAGCAGCAGCAGCAACAAGUGCAGCAGCAGCCUUGUCGGCGUCGACGCCAGUCACUUGCCUGCAGCAGCAGCAGCAGCAGCAGAGGAGGCGUGGGGUGCUGAGGCUGAGGAGACAGAGAGUCUAGCAGCAAAAGAAUUAAAGAUAAGAAUCAGCAGCUUAAAGAGCACGCUGCCUCUCACUGCUCUCUGGCUGGUAGCGCAGCUUGCAUACGACGCGAGUCUGACAGCAUUAACAUUAACAUCAAAUGCUCUAAUUCAAAGCUCGUCUGUCUUUCUUUCAUACUUUUUAGCUGUUGUCUUACUUAAACAAAUCCCUCAGAAGGCUGUUUGUCUUUGGCUGGUGGUGUUGGCUGGUGGGGUUGCUCUUAUCUCCUCUCAUGUACCUACACCCCACGAAGCAGCAGCAGCAGCAGCAGCAGCAGCAGCAACAGCAACAGCAAUACCAACACCAGCAGCACUAGCAGCAGCACCACCACCUACACCGCUUGAUGCAGCACCUCCUGCUCUCCUGCUUCCUGCUGCUACAGAGAGGCUACAACCUCUUGCUCCAGCAGAUGCUGCGAUGGCGGCACCUGUUCCUGCUGCUGCUGCUGCUGCUGCUGCUGCGGCAAGUGCAGCAGCAGCAGCCACGCCAGCAGAGCCCUCACCUGCUGCUCCAGAACAACUGCAGCAACAGAUAACCCCAGAACUCCCUCUCCUCUCCGAAGGCCCGGCAGCAGCAGCAGCAACAGAAGCAGCAGCAACAACAACAACAAAAGCAGCAGCAGCAGCAGCAGCAACAGAAGCAGCAGCAGCAGCAGCUUCAAACCAGCAAACACACGCUCACCAGCUUGAAGGACAGCCAGCUGCAAACGCCUUAAAGGGGCCCCCAUGGGAGGGAGGGGCCCCCGAAAUGGAUGCUGCUGCUGCUGCUGCAGACAUGGCUCAGUGGAAACCUACUGCUGCUGCUGUUGCUGCUGCAGCAGGAGACGCUGGACGUGGAGCAGUAGCGGCAGCGCCGAUAGCAGCAGGAGACGCAGCAGCAGCAGCAGCAGCAGCAGCAGCAAGAGGAGGAGCAGCAGAAGGCGAGGCAUCCGACAGCUUACUGGGGUACCUCCUGGCGCUGCUGGCUGCUGCUGCUUACGCGCUGCACACCACCGCUUUGAAGGCACAGGAGACAGUUGGGGGGAGCCUAGAUGUUGAUCUUAUCUACGGGUUGAUGGGGCUGUGGGUGCUGCUGCUGCUGCCGCUGCUGACGCUGCUGCUGCACGUGCUGCAGGUGGAGGCGUUCAUGUGGCCUGAUGCUGUCUCUUGGUUGGUUUUGCUGCUCUGCGGUCUCGUAGGCACUGCCUUCGCAGACCUAUGCUGGGGUCGGGCUGUCUUUCUGCUGAACCCAGUGGUGGCGACUGCUGCCUCUAAUAUUCAAAUUCCUAUUUCUAUGCUUCUUGACGCAUUCAUCUUCGGACGCAGCAGGAGCAACGCCAGCAGCAGCAACUACAAGAGUAGCAACAGCAGCAGCAGGAAUAGCAGCAGUAGCAGGACUAGUGCAGUAGCGGCAACAGGAGUAGCAGCAGCAGCAGCAGCAGCAGCACGGGUUAGAGUGCUGCAGCAGCACGGGCCCUAA